GUCGUCAUGAACGCGAAGCAGGACAACAGUAGCGGAGAUGAGCAGGUCGAGUGUCCACUGUGCAUGGAACCGCUAGAGGUGGACGAUCUGAACUUUUAUCCCUGUACCUGCGGAUAUCAGAUAUGUCGCUUCUGCUGGCACCGGAUCCGCACGGACGAGAACGAACUGUGCCCGGCGUGCAGGAAGGCGUACCCGGAAAACCCGGCCGACUUUACGCCCCUAUCGCAGGAGCAGAUUGCGGCGUUCAAGGCGGAAAAGCGCCAGCGGGACCAGCAGAAGCGGGCGAAAAUCUCCGAAAACCGGAAACACCUCGCGAACGUACGGGUGGUGCAGAAGAACCUGGUGUUCGUCGUGGGGCUACCGCCGAGACUGGCCGACCCGGAGAUUCUGAAGAAGCACGAAUACUUCGGGAAGUAUGGUAAGAUCCAUAAAGUGGUCAUUAACCCUAGUACAACGUACGCCGGUUUGCAGGGUCCGUCGGCGUCGGCGUACGUGACGUACAUCAACAACAACGACGCGCUGAGGGCAAUCCAAAGCGUCAACAACAUCAUGAUCGACGGGCGACUGAUAAAGACGAGCUUAGGUACGACCAAGUACUGUAGCCACUUUAUGAAAAACCAAACCUGUCCCAAGCCGGACUGCAUGUACUUGCACGAGCUGGGCGACCAGGAGGCUAGCUUUACGAAGGAGGAGAUGCACCAAGGGAAGCAUCAGGAGUACGAGAAGCGGUUGCACGACUCCAUGCAGGCGCAGUUAGGUCUGACGUCGGCGGGUGGUGGCCCCGGCAGCGCUGGUAGUGCGGGCAGUGGUGGUGCGAUCAGCAACGGUACUACCGGUAGCGGUGGCGGCAGUGGCGUUGCGCUGCCCAACUCGGCAUCCGCGACCACGAUAGCCAGUCUCGGGCAGACGGCAGCGGCGGUCGUGGCGGCAACGAUCGUGCCAUCGGCGACGGGGGCCUCCUCGGCAGCAGCAUCAACUGCAGGUGCGUCCACGCUGGUGGUAAAUGGCAGCUGUGAGGGUGGUGUGGCGGGUAGUGGUGGUGGUAGUGAGAGUAUGCCCAGGUCCCACGCUGGCGUCAGCGGAAGCCACAGCCACAGCACGGCGGCGUCCACGACAAAAGGCAUCGGCAUCAGCAGUUUGCUAGGUUCUGGUGGCAGCAAGUCAGGUGAUAUUAAACAGAUAAGCGACAUAACCAAUGGACCGAUACAGAACAAAGACGCGUGGCCAAGCUUAUCGACGGCGCCACCCCUCACCACCGGCUGCGGCGGAAGCGGCGGUAGCAAUAAGGAGAAUAAGCUUAACGGUAAAACAGCAGCUAACAAAGAGAACACGGCAUCGAACCGAAUUGACCGAAAGCACGAAACGAAAUCUCGCUCGAAGGGAGGCAAAAACAAAGCACAGCCACAACACAACAACAAAAACAGUCACGACAAUUCCAGUAAUCAUAAAGAUAGUACAACUAACGUGACUAGUGCCAACGGUGUUUGUGCUGCAGCUGCCGGGGGCAAUAAGGGUGCGUCGCUGGCGAACGGCAAGGGCGGCAAGAUGGCCAACGGUAAGCAGCGCAGCAGCAACGCUGGCAGCGGAGGUCCGCUGCAAUCGCACGAGGCAGCCCUCAACGGAGGCAGCAACAAGGAGGUACACAACAAUAGCAAAAACCUGAAACAGCAGCAGAAGCAUCAGCUUCAGCAGCACCAACAACAGCAGCAGAUCAUUCUCAACAGCAACGAUGGCAGUGAGUCGAAGGGACAGAGCAAAAGGCACGACCCGAACGCAACGACUGCUGCCACCGCGGCGAGCACGGCGGACCGUGGAGUGGCUAACGGUGCUAACGGCCAUAUCAUCAACGAUCUCGACGACGAUGAUGACGAACUGGACUUUGAGGACCUGGACAACGACGCCCUGUCGUCGGACAAUGAUGGCAAAACCGAUUCACCUUCGCUAAGCAGCACGGAGUCGUCCCAGAAUGGUGGCGACAGUGGUUCGCUCAGUGAGACGGCCAGUGGCAAGAGCUCACCCGGAGCGUACACCGAUCCGUUGGGCAACGGAACCGAUCAAAAUGUGAUAGCAGCAGGCAAGGAGCCGGCACCAGCGACGGAAGACAGUGGCGAUAAUGUGGCGCUUCGCAGCUCAUCGUCGCCUUCCGCCUCUUCCAUCGCAACCACCACUUCGACGUCAUCGGAGAAUAGUAAUGCUAUUGUGGCCAGCGAAAGCUCGCCGGCCACUGUUGCGACCGUAGCGUCUUCGGCGGUUAGUUCGUCACCGUACGGCACCACGGACGGUUCCAGCUCUACGACGCUCAGCUCAUCGAUGGGCAAACUGGCCCUCACCAGCAGCACCUCCGCAAACGGUAGUAUUCUGAACCACAAGUUCACGGGCAACGGCGCCAACCUGAUCGAGGCACCGGCGACACGGUUCGGUAGUCUCACCGGUGCCACCCUGCUCGACGACAACAGCAGCUUCUUUUCGUACGAUUCCUUCAAUCUGCACGCUAAGCAGUCGGCAACGGACUUAGCACUUAAUGGUGGUGGCAACCAGAGCGGGUUGACUUCGUCCCAGUUGCCGGAUCUCCUGAGUGGUACAAAUGACACGAACGAUCAGCACGCCAAGGAGUUGCUCAAGAAUAUGGGCAAUCUUCAGCAGCAGGCUCAGCAGCAUCAUCCCCAGCAUCAGCAGCAGCAGCAGCACCCGCACCAGCAACACUUGUUCCAGCAUGCGGCUCGAUUCCAGCAGCACCUGAACGGGCUCAUCGGCAACGGUGACGUCAUGGGCGGUGGAGUUGGCCCCACGGAAGACCUAGAGGCAACGCUGAGCAAGUACGUGAUGCGCAAUAAGCUAGACGAUCACCACGAAGAGUGGUUGCGCUUGCAACAGCAGCAGCAACAGCAACAGCAGGAACAACAGAAACGUGGUCACCUAAACAACGGACUGAACGGACUGCCACAAUUCAUUAAUUUUAACGAAUUUGGAAUGAACGAUUUCAUGCACAAACCGAACGUCAUUCAAGGCAACUUCCUUAGUCAGCAGCAGCAGCAACAGCAGCAACUGCGGUUACACACGGACGUGGGCCAAAUGUAUGGCAACGCCAACAUGUCGAAGCUGAACAAGUUCUUCGACUUUCACAAGAACCAGCAACAGCAGCAGCAGCAGCAGCAGCAGCAGCAGCAACAACAGCAACAAUUUUUACUCAACGGACAACACAAUUCGCUCUCGCAGGCGGUAGACAUGAAUUUAGUUAAUCUCCUCGAGAACAGUCGGUUGAACGGCCAUUUUCUCGACCAACACAAUGGUUUGUUGGGAUCACAGCUACAGAAACAACGGUUACUCAAUCUCAACGCUCACAAUCUGCUGCUGAACGGUGGUGGCAAUCCGCUACAGCAGCAGCAGCAACAGCAACACGUUGCGGCGGCGGCCGCGGCCGCGGCAGCAGCUGCAGCCGUUUCGCAGCACCAACAGCCACCAUCAUCCACGCAGCAGCAACAGUCAGGCAACAGGAUCCACAAUCCUCAGCAACAGCAGUCCCAGCAGCAACAGCAGCAGCAGCAACCACAGCAAGUGGCGCAGUAUUCGCAAAACCCGACGGUCGACGAUGAGCUCGGAUUCGAUCCGUUCCUCGAAACGCAGAAAGCGUUGGCCGAGCUGAUGAACGACGAAAUGAAUCAGCAGCAGCUACCCCAGGGUGCAGCCAACCACACCAAGCUGCUGGAGCAACAGCAACAGCAGCAACAGCAGCAACAGCAGCAACAGCGAACACGGAUGCCACCGCCUGGCUUCAAUCACAUGAAUGCUUUCGGAUUCGGUGUACCGCGAGCGCAAGGGAGUAAAAUAUUGCCCUUCAUGAACGGUGGCAUGCCGCUACCGAACGGUCAGCAGCAGGCACCGGCGCAGGCCGGCAGCUGGAACAAGCAGCAGCAGCAGCAGAUGCAGCAGCCAUUCAUGGGUUUCCAGCCGAACGAACCGAACCAUAUGGCCCCGCCUCAGGGCCCGCAGAAUGGUCUCAACAAAGCAGCUUAUGGUAACAAUUUCGCCGACUGGACGUCCCUCGAUCCGGCCAUCGUAUCGUACCGUCAGUUCUCGUUCAUGAACGGGCCCAACCAGGCGACCGGUGGCGAUAUGUUCCUCUCCGCCCAGCAGCAGCAGCAGCAGCAAAUGAAUCAGCAGCAAAACCUUCAACCUGGACAAGCUUUCGGGCACCAUGGUCUCAACUUGCAGUCGAACUUGAUGGGUCAACAGCAGCAGCAACAGCAAGCUAAUCCACAGCUUAACUUUUCUCACGCCAACUGGCUAAACAACGAGCAGAACGUCUACAUGAACGGCGGGCUGACGAAUGGUGGCGGCGGCGGCUUCCCGAACGGUUUCGACAAAUUCUCCAUCCCGAUGCCGCCGGGAUUCCAGAACAACGUGCCCGGCAACAACAAGCAGAAAGCCGAGUGCAUCAACUAAGCGUCCCCCUCGCGUCCAUUUCUCUUUACACCGAACACCAACCAACCAACAGAACCACCACCCAGAACUCCUAGCCAACCGAUCAAUCAAACGGACCGCAAACCUUAAAAAUCGACCGACAAACGACCGACCGCCACCGCCGUAGGUGAAUGGAUGGAAUUGUCUUUCUUGCUCGGAAAAAGGGCCCCGAUAAAAUCGCCCCGCUUCACAGAGAGUGGCGGUUGUGGCAUCUACUUUGUGAUAGGAUGGCGCACCGAUCGUGCAACCGUGCUUGAAUGAGCUGCACAGCCCGUCCCGUGCUGUGUGUGUUCUGAUCUGUGGUAUCUACAAUGUAAGCUGUGUGUGUGUGUGUGUGUGUGUUGUGAGUGUGUGCGUGCAAGGAUCAGUCAUUAACGACGUACUAAAGUCGAGUCGUCGAGUUCCUUUCCCUCUGAAUGCAGCAGUGCCAGAAACGGCGACAUUAAUCAGUAGAAUAUGAAAAUUGCGCGGAGGACAUAGCGUAGCGUAGCAUAACACUGAAACGAAAUAAAAUUUCCACCCAAUUGGUUCGAUCACACUACGAUCAUCUGACGCACACGCACACACGACGCGCGCGCACACAUCCCGAACGGCGACGGCUCGACCGCGAAUGGAAGCGUAUGUUUGCGAUGAGAAAAGUUAAACGAAUGUAGCUUAUCGAACGGGACGUGGGAUGUCCCCUCGGGAAACGGUUUUUGUGGAACCGAAAGCAAACGUACCUGUGGAACGCAACAAAACGAACGAGCAGAGACGUAUCAAGGGAGCGAAAAGCAAAUUCAGAUUUCAGUCGGUGGCUCCGAACGGCACACUGCAGAGAGAGAGAGAGAGAGAGAGAGUGUCCCACCCCAAAAGAAAGCGGGCGAUCCGCCCGCGCUACUUGAGUGUAAUUUUGCGAACACCACAAAAGGAACUUCGGUUUCUGAUGUGUUGAUUUUUUUCUUUCGAUCUGCAUUGAUUGCUCAGUCGGAUCGUGAUCGUUCACGCCGCUCCCAGUGGAGGAGUGGAGUGCGUGAUCGGCAGCAGGAGUGUGCCUCAAACGACAUUGCAAAAUCGCACAGCAGGUAUCUUCUUUGGAGCACGGUGGGACCUCUGAUGGGACAGGUUUGCUUACAUUGCCGCUGCGGCAGAUCAAACCACCGAUCGUCCGAUCGCUGGUGACAGGACGAUCGAUCGAACGGAAAAUGGAAGACACACGAGACACUCCAGCAAACCUAGGGUUGACUCCACUCUUACCACUCGCGGAAGUUGGUCGAAACUUUCCGAGAAAUGUUAUAAAUUAUGUCCAAUACAAUGUCUGGCAACACAAUGUUUAAACGGAACCAACAUUGCAACACUAGAGGGCGCAAAAUGGUUAGGCACGGACGGAUGGGUGGCCCAUUAUAUUCUCUAUUACACUAUUAUUAUGAAUAUUAUUGAUUAUUUAAAAAUUCUAUCCCUGACCACGCACGCGAGAGACCACCUUUCAAUAAUCGAUGGGACUUUUAAGAGGCGGUGACCGCAGGUGUGACCACUUUAUAAUAUGCAAUACCCAAAAUUAUAACCAAUCAUAAGUAAGCAAAGAAACCAGCCACAAUGCGGCAAAAGAUCGGAGAGCGAUCGUCGUUACAUGAGAAAGAGAGCGCGCGCAAGAGAGUGAGACGCACAGGGGGAUCCGUGGGGACGCGAUUGGGCUAAUCAACCGCUUUCCGCGCAACGAUCGGCACGCGGGGGCCUUCGGUGAUCGGAUACGAUCAGACAGACAGACCAGAUGGAAAGGAUGGAAGAGGAAAUGCUUGAAUCCGGACAAUGCAUCCCCGGCAGUGGUGUCAAGCUGCGACAUGAGAUGACGAAAGCGAUCCAUGCUUAACCCGGUGACACACGGAAACGGUGUGCAAAAAAGUGUUGCAGUGCACGGGGGGCGUGUGUUUGCGGAGCGAUCUCUCCAGGCAUGUGCAAACGUUAAGGGUGCACAGGGGAUCGCUCCACUCCACGGCCCCCCUCUGCACCCGCAUCUUUCUAGUCAUGUUUGUUUCCGCUCGGUGUCGCUCGGAUGGUUCGCGUUUCGGAUGACGAUUGGGUUGGCCCCUGUUGUGGGCCCCGCCCCAAUCUCGGUUCCUGCACCGAAACUGGCAGGCGCAGGACAUGAUAUCACUGGCUUAUACGGGGGUUACCAUUGAUCCUCUCGCCACGUAUAAUGUACAGCCACACGCCGCGUUGAUCGCGGGCGUACCAUUCACAACCUUUCCAUCCUUCUUCCACACGCAAGAAGGGCCUUCAGGGCUGGAGUUGUACUCGGAAAGUGAGCCAAACAAAUGAAGCAAAUGAGGUGGGACCCAAAUUGCGACCCCCUUUUUGGCCUUCAUGUAAGGAAUACACAUAAAUGAUGCCUUUGAGAAGACCAAUCUUGCGUUCCCCGCGAUCCAGAGAUCGAUAGUACGGGAGGGAGAGAGAGAGAAUGCCCACACUAAACCUUAUAUGCUAUACAAAACACUAAGGAAUAUGACAUUGUGAAUCGAAAGUAUGCUAACAAAAGAGACCCGUGUUGUGCUGCUGAUGUUGCUGUUAGGCAAAGCCGAGAGAGCUUUGCGUGCGUUGAACGCGAAACACAUUAUAAAUAAUACACGCGACGAGAAGAAGACGCUGAUGAUGAUGCUGAGAUACUGAAGAUGCUGCGAUGGUGGCGCAGAGCGAGCGGUCAAGCCAACCGCGCAAUAUGUAGCAAAUUUAAACGAUAAACAAACACACAACACAAAUGAUUGCCGUGCCCGUCGUGGCGUAGCUAAACGUAAUCCGUAAAAUGAACCUUGUUGUGGCGAUCACGACGGCGUACACACGGGACGCGGAUCGAGGUCGGUGGGUGCAGCACUCGUGGUGCCGGCCGUGGAGAAAAGACGAUAUAAAUUGAAGCAUAAGAACGAGCGAGACGCGCGAAUGGCGGGAAAGUAUAAUACAGAGUAAAACGAUGAGAAAAAAUGGCAAAAAGUGGAAAAACUGAGAAAAC